AUGUCCGAAACAAAAGAAGCAACCAAACCAACCAAGAAUGGGUCCCAAGGCAUAUUGAAGAAGUUGGCUAGUGGAAAUACUUGGGUAUCUCCAUUCAGAUCACAAGCUUCUGAUGAGGAUCCUAAAGCUAAGAAGAAAAUCAAUUUGUACAAGCAAUUCAAAGAAUCAAACAAGCUUGAACAUAUUAAGGUUCCCGUUAAAUAUUCUUACCAUCCAACUUUAGAAGCCGAGGCCAAGAAGAAGAAGGCAGCUGAGGCUGAAGCCAAAAAGGCCAAAGAAACACCAGCAGCAGCUACAACCAUUGAAGCGAAAGAUGGCGAUGUAGAAGAUGAAACAAAGGCCGAAGAAGCUGAAGAAAAACUUGACACUGAUGCUAAGGAGCCAUUGAUUGAAGAUGAGACAAAUGAAGAAGCGAAAGUUGACACCGAUGCCAAGGAACCAUUGGUUGAAGACGAAGCCCAACCAGAAACAGCCAAUGAAGCCGAGGAAAAUGAAGAAGAACUUGAAGAUAAGGCUGAAGAAAAGCUUAUCACCGAUGAACCAGCGGACGAAGAAACAGAAGUUGCUGAACCCAAAGAAACUUCAGCCGUGUCCGAAAACAAAGAAGAAGUUGCUGAACCAGAGAUUGAAGAUGGAGAAGCACUCAAAGGCGACGAUAACAUUGAGAAACAAGUCAAAGAAACCCCAAUUGAACUUGUUGAUCAACCAUCUCAAUUCAAGUAUGAACCAGUUGAAUUGCCAAAUAAGGAAACUUUGGAUAAAUUACAAGACAAGCCUGUAUUGUUGAGACACUAUCAAGAAUUGAAUGCUAUUGGAGUUGGUUCAAUUGCCAACAGAAUCGAGGAUCCAAACAAGGUUAUUGAAUUGGGUUCCGGAUUGAGAAUGACUCAGCAACAAUUGUUGGACAUUGCUGCUAAAAGAGUUGCACCAGUGAUUACUAAUAUCAAUGACGAAGUUUCCAAAACAAGACAAGAAGAUGAAAUUAAAAGACAACAAAGUUUGGACAACAAGGUGAAGAAGCAUGAAGGUAAAUUGCAAUCUGAUUUUGAAAAGUAUCUUGGUAAAAUUGGUAAGAAAAAGGACAAAUUCAAUAAAGAGAUUGAAGAUAAGUUGACUAACUUCGACACCAUGAUUAAAAAAUCAAACAACACUGCUAUUGAAUUCGAGAAAACAACUAAAGGUGAAAUUGAAACUGCCAAUAAGGAGUAUGAAGAACGUGAAACAAAAGCAGUUGAACAACAUGCUACUGACAAGGAAACUAUUGAGAAAAACCACGAAGAGUUGUUAGCUACGAAAAAGCAAGAAUUGGAAGAUGCUAAGACUGGUCAAGAAACUGCCACCCAAGAAAUUGAAGAAUUGAAGGACAAGAAAACUGAAUUAGAUGACAAGAAUUCCGAAUUGGCUGAUAAAAUUGAGCAAUUGACUGCCCAAUUGAAUACCGAGCUUGCCAAAUUGGAUGAUUUGAAAGCUAAUCACAAGGAACACCAAGAUUCUAUUGAUGCUAACUUGUCCAAGAAGCAAGAAUUGGAUGCUAACUUGACGACCAUUCGUAAAGAUCUUUCUGAUAAAAAGGAGAAACACAAAGGCUUACUGGCAGAAGUUGGUGUUUUGACUGGCGCUGCUACUGCCUAUGCGGCUAGAUUAACUAGCUUGCACACCGACAAAGAAGACAGAGCCAAGAGACUUGCUGAAGCUAAAGAGAAACACGCUUCUUGGUUACAAGAGAAGCGAGAAUUGGCAGAACAAACUGCAAGAGAACAUGAACGUAAGAGAUUAGAAGCAACUCAUGAUUACGAGACUCAAAAACACCUUGAAGAAUUAGAAAGACAAAAACAGAAGGAAGAACGUGAAAGAAAAGAGAAAGAAGAAGCUGAAGAAAGAGAAAGACAGGCCAAGAUUGAAGCUGAAGAACGUGAAAGAAAGGAAAAAGAGGAAGCCGAAGAGAAGGCAAGAAUUGAAAAAGAACAAGCUGAAAAAGAGGCCAAAGAAAAAGAAUUGAAAGAGCAACAAGAGAAAGAAGAGGCCGAGAAGAGAAAGAAUGAUGUUGAGUUCCAAGUCUCUCAAGCAAUCUUGUCAAGAGAAAAUGACCAAAAGAAGUUUGAAGAGGAGAGGACUGAAAGUGAGCGCGUUUACAAUGAACGUAAAGCCAAAGAAAAGGAAGAAACCGAUAGAUUGUUGAAAGAAAUUGAAGAUUUGAAAGCUGAAAAGGAAAAAGCUGCUGAGUUAGAAAGAGAAGAAGCAGAAAAAGUUGCACAAGCUAAAUUGGCACAAAUUGAAAAAUUGAAACAAGAACACGAAGCUAAAACCAAAUUGUUCAACGAUAAAUUGGAGUUUGAAAACUUGCAAAAGCAAAGAUUAGAAGAAGAAGUUGCCAAUUUGAAAAAGAUUAGGGAAUUGAGAGAAGAAAAGGCAAGAUUGGCAAGCGAACAGUACAAAGACCCUGAAUUAGAAAGAGUCAAGAAAUUGAUUCAAGAAAGGGAAUUGGAAGUGGACAGAUUGACCAAAGUGAUUGAGUUUGAAAAACCAGAACAGACGUCAUCUGAAGGCAGUCAUUUUUUAGGAAUUAGCAAUGAUAGUAAAUCUGGAGCUAUUCCCGCUAUAAAAUCCAAGGAUGUUGUUGUUGACAAUAAUGGAAGUUCUCAUUCAAAGAAUGUAAACACUGGUAACCAAACUAGAACGGAAAAUGUAAAUGCCGAUAAGAAGAAAGACCAUCAUUAUGGAGGAGCAGCUUUAGGAAUUGCUGGAGGAAUUUUAGCAGCUACUGGCGCUGGAGCAGUGGCAGCUGGUAGUGCUGGAAAGAAUGCUGUUUCAGGUAUUACUAGUGGUGUUUCGAAUACUGUUCCAUCUGGUAAUAAAGAUGUUCAAUUACCAAGUAGCGGUACACAAGAUACUACCACUACUACUAUUUCUGCACCAGAUCAAAGUCAAUCUCUGUCCCCUGUUGCAACUAUCACUGAACCAAGUGCUUCCGCCCCAAGUAUUCCUACUUCAAGCAACACUAGUACGAUUUCUUCCAAGAAAAAUGCUGCUAGUGUCACACCCACUCCAAUUGAAGCACAACGAACCAAUAGUCUUAGUGACAAGUUUAAAGGUUGGGGAAGAAAGUUAAGCAAGAAGGAUAAAUCCAUAGAUGCUAAGUCGGCAGCAGAAACAGCUGACAAUACGGGUGUUGUAGCUAAAGAUGACAAUAAACCAGUUGGUGGAAUCACAGCUUUGGAUGCAGAGAAAAACACUGUUGUUGCCAGAGACACCAAACCAAUUGGUGGUGUCAAUGCCAAUGAUAUCGAAGAAAAACCUACUGUUGGUGUUUUUGUUUCCAAGAAUAUUUCCAGUAGCAAAACUUCUACUGGUGCUGAUAAUGAAUCUUUUGAAAUUCAAUCUGUUUAUGAAGUUGUUUCAGAUAAUGAAUUUGAAGCAAACAAACACAAUCCUAAUUAUUUUGAAGUUAGUCCAGAAGAGUUUAACAAACAUAAGAAUUUGGAAAAUAAGGUAGUCCUUAUAGAAAAAAUCACCGAAUAG